CAAGUCCAAGACGCACGAACCGCCAUCCAACCUAGCAGCAAAAGAAAGCCAAGAUGGCUCCCCACCAUGUAUACAAGUUGCCCCAGGUCCAUGUCUGUAGCUUCAAUCCCUCGUCUCCGUCUCCAGCGCCUAAUUACUCCACUCCCGUGAAACCCGCUUGCCCGCACAUACCGCCGCGAAGCGCUGGCUUGAAUUGCGGCUGAGCCGCUCCUCUCUCUCUCUCUCUCUGACCUCCUACCUACUGUCUCUUUCCCAUCCAUUUACCUGUACAACGACCAUUGUAACCACCACUGUAACCACCACCACUGUAACACCCAUUACUACCAAACGACGCCAACGACGACACAAUGCCACGCCGCCGCGACGACGACUACAUCCCGGACGACGACGACGAGGACUACUCGUACACGGAGACCGGGGGCGGAAGCGGGAGCGGGAGCAACAACAACAACAACAACAACAACAACAACAACAACAACAACAAUACCAACGACGACGUAGACCCAACCGCGACAACCUGCAAAGGCGUGACGUCGUCGGGCCGCCCCUGCCGGCGCGACAUCUCGGCCUCGCUGAAGCCGAACCCGCAGCACGGGCCCGGCGUGCUGGCCGUCGUGCCCAUCAACGCCGCCGAGGGCGCGGCUGCGUAUUUCUGCUGGCAGCACAAAGACCAGGCGACGAGCUUGGCCGGGGGGCAGGCGGGCGGAGGCGCCGGUGGUGUCCAGCAUCAGGACACGACGCACAUCGUGCCGCUGCAGCACCAGGGCAGCAUCGACUCGCUAGUCGCGCGCCUCGGCGUGCUCGAAAUGCAAGACGAGAAGCCCGGCAAGGCCAAGCCGCCGCGCAAGCAGCAGCAGCAGCAGCAGCAGCAGCAGCAGCAGCAGCAGCACAACAACGCCAACAACGCCGCGCCGGCGCAGCAGAUCCCGCGCCCGCCCACCUGGGGCAAGGUGCACGGCCCGCUGCUGAGCGUGCCGCAGGACCUGAUGAACUGGAAGCUGAACGGCAACGGCAGCUCCGACGGCAGCGGCGACAACGGCGGCAACUACAGUGAAAAGCCGCACAAGAAGCGCGGCCUGCUCGCCUCGCUGUGCUGCGCCCUGUGCUGCGGCGCCUCGUCCGCCGCGAACGACGAGCCUUCUGCGCCGGCGCCAAGGCCGCCGCGCCCUGCCUCGUCGCAGCAGCAGCAGCAGCAGCAGAGCGCGCCCCGCCCGCCCAAGCAGCAGUCGCGCCCUGCGAAGCCGGCAGCAGCGCCUCUGGACCCGAGCGACCCGUCGACGUUCAUCCCCGCGCACCUCGCGCAAGGCACAGCGUCGACCCUCCUCGCCGAAACCAACAAGCCCAUCAGCGCCAAAGACGAGCCAGGCUUCAUCUACAUUUUCUGGCUGACGGAAGAGGGCAGCGAGAACAAGCUCUCCGGGCCAUCGGAACGGGACGCCAGCGCGCUGCUCUCUGGGGACUCGGCACCCGGCGCCGGGGACCUGCUGCGCGCGCAUAGCAUCCGCGCCGGGACUGCGGGACGGCCGCGGGGGUCGCGGGCGCGCGGCGCGAGUCCUGCUGAUGGCUUGGAUGGUGCCGAGAAGAAACGCAGCGUCCUGCUCAAGAUCGGGCGCGCGAACAACGUGCACCGCCGGAUGCAAGAGUGGAAGCAUCAGUGCGGGUACGCGCCGACGCUUUUACGCUUCUACCCGUACGUGUCGGGCGGGGAUCCGCUGGCGGCGGUACCGGGCGCCGACGGCCGCGCGGGCGGCGGCGUGCGCGAGGUCCCGUUCGUGCAUAAAGUUGAGCGGCUGAUCCAUUUGGAGCUGAUGGAGCAGAGGGUCCUGCGCGAGUGCGGCAUGUGCGGCAAGGUGCACAAGGAGUGGUUUGAGGUUGAGGCGAGCCGGGAGGGGGUUGCGCGGGUGGAUGAGGCGGUGAGGCGGUGGGUGCGGUGGGCGGAGGAGGUGCAGAGGCGGGGGGGUGGGCCGGCGCCGGUGGGUGCGUAG